UAUGAAUCAUCGCUCCUCACCCAGGCAGUAAUGUUCCUGAAGUUUUCUCUUCGUUCCGUGUUUUAUGGAGCUGGAGGAGGGAAUGAUAUUCAGUGGUGUUUUUCUCAGGUGAAAGGAGCAGUAGAUGAUGAUGUAGCAGAAGCAGAUAUAAUUUCUACAGUAGAAUUUAAUCAUUCUGGAGAAUUACUAGCAACCGGAGAUAAAGGUGGUAGAGUCGUCAUCUUUCAACAGGAGCAGGAGAACAAAAUCCAGUCUCAUAGCAGAGGAGAAUAUAAUGUUUACAGCACCUUUCAGAGCCAUGAACCAGAGUUUGACUACUUGAAAAGUUUAGAAAUAGAAGAAAAGAUCAACAAAAUUAGGUGGUUACCCCAGAAAAAUGCUGCUCAGUUUUUAUUGUCUACCAAUGAUAAAACAAUAAAAUUAUGGAAAAUCAGUGAAAGGGACAAAAGACCAGAAGGGUAUAACUUGAAAGAGGAAGAUGGAAGGUAUAGAGAUCCUACUACAGUCACUACACUACGUGUGCCGGUCUUUAGGCCCAUGGAUCUAAUGGUUGAGGCCAGUCCACGACGAAUAUUUGCCAAUGCUCAUACAUAUCACAUCAACUCAAUUUCUAUUAAUAGUGAUUAUGAAACGUAUUUAUCUGCAGAUGAUUUGCGGAUUAAUCUUUGGCACCUGGAAAUUACAGACAGGAGUUUUAACAUUGUGGAUAUCAAGCCUGCCAAUAUGGAGGAGCUGACAGAGGUGAUUACGGCAGCAGAAUUCCAUCCAAACAGUUGUAACACAUUUGUAUACAGCAGCAGUAAAGGAACUAUUCGGUUAUGUGACAUGAGGGCAUCUGCCCUCUGUGAUAGGCAUUCUAAACUGUUUGAAGAACCUGAAGAUCCGAGUAACAGGUCUUUUUUUUCUGAAAUCAUCUCUUCAAUUUCUGAUGUAAAAUUCAGCCAUAGUGGUCGAUAUAUGAUGACUAGAGACUAUUUGUCAGUCAAAAUUUGGGACUUAAAUAUGGAAAACAGGCCUGUGGAAACAUACCAGAUGCUGAUCUGUCUCCUGGUGAUCCUCACCGCCCCCAGCGUCACCACCACCAGCCCAUUCCCACCGAGAGUAAUUGAUCUGAACCUUAACUUCGUUCUCUUGCAUUGUUUGGUGAGAAACCCUGUAUGUGCACUCUAAAACUUGGCUGAAUUAUCAUGAUUUACCUAUUUUACCUGAUUCGCGGUUUUUCUACCUAUGCUGUACUAGAUUGGUGAUUGGGAGUAGAGUCACAUCAUGCUCAAAUGUAGCAUAUGCAGAUUCAGCUAUUAUUGAAUAUGUAUAAUUGAAAUGGACACUUAAAAUGACUUUAGGUUGUUUCAUAGAGAAUUCUAAGCAUUGAGAAGGUACCUACUCCUUUUUAAAAAAAAAAAGAUAAACUUAUUUAUUUAUUUAUUUAUGGCUGCAUUGGGUCUUCGUUGCUGCACGUGGGCUUUCUCUAGUUGGCGGCGAGCGGGGGCUACUCUUUGUUGCGGUGCGUGGGCUUCUCAUUGCGGUGGCUUUUCUUGUUGCAGAGCAUAGGCUCUAGGCGCGCGGGCUUCAGUAGUCGUGCCACGUGGGCUCAGUAGUUGCGGCUCGCGGGCUCUAGAGCGCAGGCUCAGUAGUUGUGGCGCACGGGCUUAGUUGCUCCGCGGCAUGUGGGAUCUUCCCGGACCAGGGCUUGAACCCGUGUCCCCUGCAUUGGCAGGCGAAUUCUUAACCACUGUGCCACCAGGGAGGUCCCAAAGUACCUACUCUUUUCUAUCAUUACUUCUUUUUAAGGUUCUCUUCAAGUAAAAAAGAAAAGUGAGAUAGAAACUUGUUUUUUUUUCCCUUAUGAUCGCAACAAAUACUUUGGAACUGUCUUUUGUAAUUUAGUAAUAUUAAUAUAGAAUUGUAUCAUUUCUCAGAAUACUUUUUAUGUAACUAAUUUAUUUUCUAGUUGAUCCCUUUGUGAAAUACUAGUGAGUAAACAUAGAAUUAUACUUCAAAAAACAGAGCUACAUUUUCAUUAGCUUUGGAUAUUGUAUAAGUAAUAACAAGUAUAUAAAAUAUUUCCAUAAUACAUACCUGGAAUAACCAUGUAAUUUAUCAACCAAACUAGGGCAGGGUCAUGCAAUGCAUAACGUAUGCACUUAAUAAGAUAUUGUAGGCUUCAGUUAUUUAUGCCCCAAAAAUGGUAGUUAAAAAGGAAGUAAAGCCUCAGUAUUGCAUGUUUUUUAUUAAAUUAAUGGGCUGAAAAUCAAGUGUUAGCAAAUUCAAAUCUUGCUAUAAUAUUCUUUAAUUAGUCUCUUAUUUGUGUCAGUUUUAAAUGUUUUCUGGCCUAAAUAUUUCAGUCGAGCUUGUAAAGAGUGACAUGUGCCAUGCCCAGAAGGGUAUUUUUCUCUAUUGUAUGAGAGGAAAAUGUGUGUUCAUGGAAGGGGGAUCAGAUGUCUGUGAAAGGAUAAAAUACCUUUACUGUUUCUCAGAGAACUGAGUUUUUUGUUUGUUUGUUUUGAGAAUUGAGUUUUAAUGAGAUUAAAAGGUAUGUAUACGUGUUUGUAUAUGCCUUAAAAAAAUACAGACUUGUUAAACCAUUUUCUAAUUUCAAGAGCAGCAGAUCUUAAGGUGUAAGCUAAGUAUACAUAUAUGUUU